CUAUGUAAAUAUCUGAAAUGAACCCUUGGAUUAUCCUCUUGUAACAUCUUACAGAGCUGAAAUCAAAAUGAGAGUUGGAGGAUCUACACCAGCGUUUUUCAACUUUUUUACUCAAAAGGAACCCUUGUAAUAAUUUUCAGGCCUCAAGGAACCCCUGCUAAGAUUAGUCCAUUGGUGGUGAUUGGGAGAAAGCCCCUUACAUUGGUGAUGGUCACCAAGGAGAAUACUCCCCAGGGGCGGACUGACCAUUUGGAAACUCGGGCACUGCCCGAGGGCCCGGGGUCAGUAGGGGGCCCUAUGAGAUGCCCCUGGUACCUUUUUCAUAGGCUUUUUCGAGUUUGGGCAAGGACACAGGGGCCCCAUGAUCCCCUAUUGCCCGGG